AUGCCAGGAAGGUCAAAGCCAGGCCAGGAAGGUCAAAGCCAAACCAGGAAGGUCAAAGCCAAGCCAGGAAGGUCAAAGCCAAGCCAGGAAGGUCAAAGCCAAGCCAGGAAGGUCAAAGCCAGGCCAGGAAGGUCAAAGCCAGGCCAGGAAGGUCAAAGCCAAGCCAGGAAGGUCAAAGCCAGGCCAGGAAGGUCAAAGCCAAGCCAGGAAGGUCAAAGCCAGGCCAGGAAGGUCAAAGCCAAGCCAGGAAGGUCAAAGCCAGGCCAGGAAGGUCAAAGCCAAGUCAGGAAGGUCAAAGCCAGGCCAGGAAGGUCAAAGCCAAACCAGGAAGGUCAAAGCCAAGCCAGGAAGGUCAAAGCCAAACCAGGAAGGUCAAAGCCAAGCCAGGAAGGUCAAAGCCAAGCCAGGAAGGUCAAAGCCAGGCCAGGAAGGUCAAAGCCAAGUCAGGAAGGUCAAAGCCAGGCCAGGAAGGUCAAAGCCAAGCCAGGAAGGUCAAAGUCAGACCAGGAAGGUCAAAGCCAAGCCAGGAAGGUCAAAGCCAAGCCAGGAAGGUCAAAGCCAAGCCAGGAAGGUCAAAGCCAAGCCAGGAAGGUCAAAGCCAAGCCAGGAAGGUCAAAGCCAAGCCAGGAAGGACAAAGCCAAGCCAGGAAGGUCAAAGCCAAGCCAAGAAGGUCAAAGCCAAGCCAGGAAGGUCAAAGCCAGACCAGGAAGGUCAAAGCCAAGCCAGGAAGGUCAAAGCCAAGCCAGGAAGGUCAAAGCCAAGCCAGGAAGGUCAAAGCCAAGCCAGGAAGGUCAAAGCCAAGCCAGGAAGGUCAAAGCCAAGCCAGGAAGGUCAAAGCCAAGCCAGGAAGGACAAAGCCAAGCCAGGAAGGUCAAAGCCAAGCCAAGAAGGUCAAAACCAAGCCAGGAAGGUCAAAGCCAGGCCAGGAAGGUCAAAGCCAGGCCAGGAAGGUCAAAGCCAGGCCAGGAAGGUCAAAGCCAGGCCAGGAAGGUCAAAGCCAAGCCAGGAAGGUCAAAGCCAGGCUUCAUAUACCCAGACACUAG